AUGUCCUCUGCCGCGCGCGCGGCCACCAUGCGGUCUCACGCUCCGGUCCUCAGAACCGUCCAGGGCUCUCGGGCCGUGUCAUACUCGGCUCUGCCGAUGCAGAGUUCGAAGCUGACCUCUAGCCAAAGGAGCGCUCUUCAGCACACUCACCUCCCCUCUCAGCUCGUUUCGCCGUUUGCCGCUCUUCCCUUGACUCGAUCUUUCCACGCAGGCAAUUCCUUGUUCCAACAGCAGAAGGAGGAGAAGAAGACUGAGGAGAAGGGUGAGGAGGCCAAGUCUGAAUCCAAAGAGCAGGAGAAGGAAGGCGAGGAGGGAGAUAAGAAGGAGAAGAAAGAAGAGGCUCCUCCCCCGCCACCUCAUGGAGACAAGUCCCCGUGGCAAGUGUUCCGUGACACCCUUCAGACCGAAUUCAAGGCUUCUAAGGAGUGGAAUGAAUCAACUAAGGCUCUGGCAUCCUCCGCUCAUCAGUUCUCAGAGAAUGAGAACAUUAAGCGUGCACGUGAGGCCUACCAGGCUGCUUCGGGAGCAGCCACUACCCGCACUGGUGCGGCUCUUAAGUCUACCGGAGAGGUCAUUGGAAAGGGUGCAUCCUGGACUUGGAACACUCCAGUGGUGAAGGGUGUGCGUAAGGGUGUCAAUGCCACUGGUGCGGGUCUCGAGAAGGCCACCCGACCUGUGCGUGAGACUGAGGCUUACAAGAGCGUGAAGGAUGCCAUUGAUGAUGGUAGCAGCUCUCGCUACGGUGGAUGGAUUGAGAAGGAGGAGCGUCGCAAGCGUCGUGAAGAGUGGGAGGCUAAGGCUGGAGGCAAGCCCAAGCUUGAGCGAAUGGAGGAAGAUCCUGAGGCCGGUACCAACGUUACCCUCCACAAGGAUGCUGCUUGGAAGGAAUCCUGGCGCACCUUCCGUGACUCCAACCCCAUGAUGCAGAAGCUGUUCACCGCACGCGAGGCUUACGAGGAGUCUGAGAACCCACUUAUCAGCACUGCGCGCAGCAUUACUGACCGUAUCGGUGGCUUCUUUGCCGAGAAUGAGACCGCUCAGGUUGUCAAGAAGUUCCGCGAAAUCGACCCCAACUUCCAGAUGGAGGAGUUCCUGCGCGAGCUGCGUGAGUACAUGCUCCCCGAGGUUCUUGACGCCUAUGUCAAGGGUGACAUCGAGACUCUGAAGCUUUGGCUUUCCGAUGCUCAGUACUCCGUUUACGCCGCUCUUUCCAAGCAGUACACCACCGCUGGUCUCCGCUCGGAUGGCCGUAUUCUGGAUGUUCGUGGUGUUGACGUUUCCCACGCCCGUCUGUUGGACCCUGGUGACAUCCCCGUCUUUGUUGUCACUUGCCGUGCCCAGGAGGUCCACGUUUACCGUAACGUGAAGACUGGCAAGCUUGCCGCCGGUAUGGAGGAUAAGGUCCAAUUGGUCACAUAUGCUAUUGGCAUGACCCGAAUCCCCGAGGAAGUCAACAACCCUGAGACCCGUGGUUGGAGACUGAUUGAGCUGCAGAAGGCUGCUCGCGACUACAUCUAA